CACAGAGACUUUGCUUAUGUGGCAAGAGACAAAGACACAAGAAUUCUGAAAUGUCAUGUGUUUCGAUGUGACACACCCGCAAAAGCCAUCGCCACAAGUUUACACGAAAUCUGCUCAAAGAUUAUGGCCGAACGGAAGAAUGCUAAAGCGAUGGCUUGCAGCUCGUUGCAGGAGAGGACAAAUGUCACCCUUGAUGUUCCUCUGCAAGUAGAUUUCCCAACACCAAAGACAGAACUGGUACAGAAGUUCCACGUCCAGUACCUGGGCAUGCUACCUGUAGCUAAACCUGUGGGAAUGGAUACUCUGAACAGCGCUAUUGAAAGCCUAAUGGCUUCCUCCAGCAAAGACGACUGGAUGCCAGUUACCAUGAAUGUUGCUGAUGCUACUGUGACAGUCAUCAAUGAAAGAAAUGAAGAGGAAAUCAUGGUGGAGUGUCGUGUGCGGUUCCUGUCCUUCAUGGGAGUGGGCAAGGACGUUCACACGUUUGCCUUCAUUAUGGAUACAGGAAACCAGCAUUUCGAGUGCCACGUUUUUUGGUGCGAACCAAACGCAGGCAACGUAUCAGAAGCUGUUCAGGCUGCUUGUAUGUUACGGUAUCAGAAGUGCUUAGUGGCCAGACCUCCUUCACAGAAAGUUCGACCGCCCCCACCUCCUGCAGACUCGGUGACUAGGAGAGUUACAACUAAUGUAAAAAGAGGAGUGCUGUCCCUCAUUGACACUUUGAAACAGAAACGCCCGGUCACUGAGAUGCCGUAGCUGCAAAAGAGAGAAGAUUCUCCUAACAUUUAACUGAAGAUAACAGUAGCUACACUAAGGAAAAUGAACUGACGAUAUCUGGCCUUCCAUUUCAAAUUGCUGAUGCUUUGUCUUCAGAGAAUUUACCCUUAUCGAAACAAUGUUAGACAAGCAUGUUCUCUCGUUCUUGCCACCAUCAUGUGAUAUGAAAAGAAGCAUGAAUAAUUUUUUUGCUGUCAGUGAGUUACAUCAUGAGCAAUGGAAGGUCUGUUUGAUUGUAAAUACAUGAACAUUGCCUAAACUCACACACACACAAAAAAAAAAAAAAAGAAUAUGGCCACGUCCCUCCCAGUGAACUCAUGCUAAAGUCCUUGGAGU